AUGUCGUCUGACUCCGAUGAUUACAGUGAUUUUAGUGAGGGGGAAAUCGAAGAACGAGCGGAGAAGCUAUAUAAGGCAUUGAGGGAGAAGAAUGUCUUCACCGGGAGCUCUGAUGGCUUCCUUAGGUGCCCCUACUGCCUUGGGAAGAAGAAACAAGAUUACAAAUACAAGGAUCUUCUUCAGCAUGCAACUGGAGUUGGAAACUCGAACAAGAGAUUGAAGGAAACCGUGAAGCAUCGAGCAUUGGCGAAGUUCUUGCAGUUGGAUUUCAUAGAGAAGUCUGCACCUUCGGUUACACAUUCAUUUCCAAGAUCUGCUCCACCAUCCAAACGUUUCAAAAAGGAUGCUCAGGAGGAGCGUUUUGUUUGGCCUUGGAUGGGAAUCGUUGUGAAUAUCCAGGCCAGGGGGAAGGAUGGUAAACACUUUGCUACUGCAUCCAGAUUGAAAGAAGAGUUUGCUUGGUUCAAUCCCAUAAGAGUUUAUCCGUUGUGGGAUUAUAACGGCUUUCGGGGGACGGCCAUUAUAGAAUUUAACAGGUUGUGGAGUGGGUAUCACAGUGCGAAUUCAUUUGAGCGGUCUUUUCAGGUGGAUCAUCACGGGAAAAAAGAAUGGGUUGAAUUCCGAGGGCAUGGAUCAAGCAUGUAUGGGUGGAUGGCUCGUGAGGAUGACUACAACAGUACUGAUAGGUGUAUAAGGGAGCAUCUGCGGAAGCAUGGUGAACUCAGAACUGUUACUGAGCUCGAAGAUGAGGAGAAACGGAAGAAAAAUAUCCUUGUAGAUGGGCUUAAACAACAGAUAGAUUUAAAGAACAAGGAUUUGGAAUCAUCUGGGAUGCGGCUGAAAGAGGUUACAUAUGUAUUGCAGCAGACUAAGGCUUCUCUCGAAGAAGGAAUUGCCGUUCACCCUGAGCAGAAAAAGCCUCCUCCUGCCCUUUUGGAUAUUGGUGAUGGUUCAGAUGCUGCACAGACUAGUUCAAAGGAUGUGGAACAGGGGGUGAAGUACGAUGAUGAGCUUUCCAGUAUGCUUAGAAUUGCAGCAGAGGCAAAGUGCCUAACUGCAACAGACCGAUUUGGUAUCUUGGAUGACUCAUAUGCUCUGUGUAGAGCUAGCAAGCAGUCCUUGUCCUCUUUGCUCAUCUUGAUGGAUGCAUACAGGGAUGAACUCGAUUACACUGUUUUGUCAUGCUUGAUUAAUACUCAGACUCAGAGUGGGUUUGCACUCCCUAAGCCAGCAGUUGUGGUUUUGAAUCUAUUGGAUGAUGGAACAAAUAUUGGAAAUGAAGGUGUAACCGAAGGUGCAAGCUUCUCUACGAAAUCCAACUGCAAGAACUUCGUCAGUGCCCCGUGCCUCGCGGUUUCCUUCAAUCUCUUGUUGGAGUUCCUAACUCUUGUUGCAUGCUGA